AUGGAUCUCUCGUCUCUAGAAGGCCCUCCCAUUGCGGAUUCCCGCUUUACUGUCUCAUCGGAGAGCCCAAAGGAAUACAUGACUGUCCCACGUAUUCGCCUUGAUACUGGCUUGGCUAGCACACUACCUCAGCGUCCUGCCUCUGCAUGCGACUCUUCUAGGCCUAAGGCAGAUUACUAUCCAUAUUCACCCCAAGAGCGACAGGACCCUAGCCUCUGCCGCCGCUGUCAUUUCAGAAUACACUCAACUGGGGACCUGAGCACACCUAGCCCUCGCGAAGCAAGCCCAUCGACAUCCUCCUACCCGGCUCUCAACCUGCCCCCUCCUCCGCCUUCGUCAUCGUUUGCUUAUUCUCCCUGGGCGUCGCGAAGUAGGAGCAUGACAGACCUCACUCUUCAGCCCACUCGCACCACUGGCCCAGUGUCCCGCGAGACAUCCACUCAACAGGCUAGCCAGCUCAUCUGGCUUGAGUCGGAAGAACUAUGGGUCCUCAAGCCUCCGUCGCCCUUGUCAUCGGCACCAUAUCUUUCCCCGCUGGCUCCUCGCCCGAUACACAGUGCUACUGGUAGAGGUGGGCAUCCAUCCUCUCCAUCAGUGUUCGAUGACUACGCCUCCGACUCGGAAUACUCCGACCAACCUCCACCAUAUGAACAUCACAUCUACGAUCGACCUUUUGUUCCGCUUCCCAAUCGAGCAAGGGAAGAUGGCAGUGGCCGGAGGUCGCGCUGGUCAGCUGUGGCUCGCAGGAGAGCAAACCGGGCUCUCUCGGGCUGA